AUGCCACUUGUCAGUGACAGAGUUCCCCUGGGAGAGCCGACCGUGGCUGAGAUCCGCGCUCAACAUGAGUGGGAACGCGAAGAGGUGAUGGCCGCCGAGCGAGCUGAAGAGAGAUGCUCACAGCACGGGGAAGAACAACUCGAUGUUGGGCAGGAACACCAGGAUGCGAGAGAGAGAUAUGCCGUUUUCCAGGACCGCCUCCGUCAACUGCGAGAAGAACAUCGUGACGAGAGCCCUUCUCCGGAUCGCAGCUAG